AUGGCGAAGAGCGUUCUUCUUUGCUGCGUCCUCGCCAUUGCAUGUGCAGUCGCGGUGGCCUCUGAUCCCGGGCCCUUGCAAGAUUUCUGUGUUGCAGAUUUCAAUAGCCAAGUACUGGUUAAUGGUAUUGCUUGCUUGGACCCGAAGCUUGUGACCGCCGACAAUUUCUUUCUGUCUGGGCUCGAGAAGCCGGGCAAUGUGUCGAACCCGCAAGGCUCGGCGCUUACCCUGGCCACGAUCGGACAGGUACCUGGGCUCAACACUCUGGGCAUCUCCUUGGUGAGGAUUGACUAUGCCCCGUGGGGUAUCGUCUCCCCCCACACGCACCCCCGUGCCUCCGAGAUUCUCGUGGUCAUCGAAGGGACCCUGCUCGUCGGCUUCGUCACGUCGAACCCCGACAACAAGCUGAUCACCAAGGUUCUCCAGAAGGGCGACGUGUUCGUGUUCCCCGAGGGACUCAUUCACUUCCAACAGAACGUGGGCUAUGGGAACGCCUUCUCGUACUCCGGCCUCAGCAGCCAGAACCCGGGUGUGGUUCUCGUUCCGGAUACGGUCUUCGGGUCGACUCCGAACAUCGCCACUGAUGUUCUCGCCAAGGCUUUCCAGGUGGAUAAGGCCGUAGUUGACGAGAUUGAAGCUAAAUUCUAG